AUGGAUUGCUGGCUCUACUCUCGCAAUGUCGACGACGAGUAUGAGAAACUGGUCAUUCGAAUGAACCCACCCAGGGUCACUGUGGAUAACACUUCUUGUCCAAAUGCUACUUUAGUGAAGGUUGACAGUGCUAAUAUGCACGGAGUUCUUCUAGAGGUUGUCCAAGUUUUGACAGAUUUAAAUAUCAGAUUUAACAGAGCUUACAUCUCUUCAGAUGGUGGAUGGUUCAUGGAUGUAUUCCAUGUCACAGAUCGUUAUGGAAACAAGCUAUGUGAUGAAGAAGUCAUCAAUAAAAUUCAACAGUCUCUUGGAGCAAAAACCUCAAGUUUCUCCUCACAACGGAGGUCGGUUGGGGUCCAACCAUCACCUGAGCACACAUCCAUCGAGUUGACGGGAAGAGAUCGACCAGGCCUUCUCUCUGAGAUCUUCGCAGUCCUUGCUGACCUCAAGUGCAAUGUAGUCGCAGCUGAGGUUUGGACCCACAAUUCGAGAAUGGCCUCUGUGGUGUAUAUAACCGAUGAGUGCUCAGGUUCACCAAUAGACGACCCACAAAGGCUUUCGAGGAUCAAAGAGCUCUUAUCGAACAUUUUGAGAGGUGAUAGAGAUAAAAGGGGUGCAAAAACAGUGGUUUCUAUGGGGGUUACCCACACUGAGAGGAGGUUGCAUCAGAUGAUGUUUGACGAUAGAGAUUACGAGAAAAUUGAGAUGGGUAGGAGGGAUUUAGUGAGAGAAGAUAACUAUAGAAUGAAGAACUUAGAGAGAGAUAAGAGCAGGGCUAGUGUGACUGUCGAGAACUGCAAGGAGAAGGGGUAUUCAGUUGUGAAUGUGAGGUGCAAGGACAGGCCAAAGCUUCUGUUUGAUACUGUGUGCACUCUAACUGAUAUGCAAUAUGUGGUGUUCCAUGCUAAUGUCAUUGCUGAGGGGCCGUUGGCUUACCAGGAGUAUUAUAUUCGACAUAUGGAUGGGUGCCCCCUAAGUUCAGAUGCAGAGAAACAGAGAGUGAUCGAUUGCUUGGAAGCUGCCAUAGAAAGGCGAACAUCUGAGGGUUUGAGGCUUGAGUUAUGUAGCGACGAUCGAAUCGGUCUCCUUUCUGAUGUAACACGCAUAUUUCGAGAGAAUGGAUUAUCUGUUUCUCGAGCUGAAGUGACGACAAGAGGAUCCAAAGCUGUGAAUGUAUUCUAUGUGACUGAUGCAUCAGGAAAUCCAGUGGAAAGCCAAACAAUUGAGGCCAUAAGAAGUGCAAUUGGACAAACCAUACUCCAAGUCAAAGAUGAUAUAUACUCCAAACCUCCUUCACAAGAGAGUGGGAAAUUCUCUUUGGGGAAUCUGUUCAGGUCUAGGUCUGAGAGGUUUCUCUACAAUUUGGGUUUGAUUAAGUCAUACUCAUGAAGUGACGCACAGAGAGAAAAACUCAAUCACAAGUGUAAAUUCCUUAAACUAUGAGCCAUGGGUUCAGUGUCAACAACUAGUUGAUGGGGAAUUGCUACUAAUGGUGGUUAAUGUUCCGUAAUUGGGUCCAUUCUCACUCUAGAUGUCAAGGGUGAUACCCAAGAGUCUCUCAUGGUCCUUGUAAAUAAUGCUGGCAUUCCAAAGAAAUAUAAAUGAAAAGCUAAAGCUUUCUUUUCCUGUUAAA